AUGAACUCUAUAAGAUCUAUUCAGCGACUCGGGGCUUUUGUCGGAGCUACGUCUGUCAGAACUUCACUGUUGAGAAAUGCUGCUGUUGUUCCCAUGCUGAUGAGGAGACAAACAUCGACAUCAGCAGCAGCCAACGAACACGAGCAGAUUCUUCAACAACAGCGUGCUGUACGUCCGUUGUCUCCCCAUUUACAAAUAUAUCAGCCUCAAUUGACAUGGAUAUUGUCAAUUGCUCAUAGAUUCAGUGGUGCAGGAGUUGCUACUGUCCUUUACGGAAGUGCUAUAGCGUAUGCUAUCGGGCCAUAUUUGGGUAGUCCAUGGGAUGCAGAUACUCUUGUAGCAGCAGUAUCUACUCUACCUCCUUCUGUAGUUUUAGCUGGCAAAGCUUCCUUGGCUUUUCCGUUUACCUUCCAUACCUUUAACGGAAUCCGACAUUUGAUUUGGGAUACUGGGCGUAGUUUGACUGUUAAAGGCGUUUAUAUUACUGGGUGGACUAAGCGAUUAACAAAAACUUUAAAUCUCCAUCCUUCAUAUUUCGGCCCCGACAUGCACGAAAACUUGAAAAACCGCCUUUACGUUGACGUAGAGGGUACAUGCACUGGCAGAUAUGGAUACAUAAUUGCAGUAGUGAAGAUAGAGAAUUACUCCCAGGGGAAGGUCUUGCCAUCUCUUGGACUUGCAGAGUUUACAAUCACCUAUAUGGCAAUUGUAUUUAAGCCCUUCAGAGGCGAGGUUGUAGAUGGAACAGUUACGCAAGUUAUUAAGAUGGGAUUCUUUGCAGAUGUUGGACCUCUCCAAGUAUUUGUUUCAAAUCAUUUAAUUCCAUCUGAAUAUACGUUUGAUCCACAUGCAAAUCCUCCCGCAUACAUCGGAGAAGAUCAGCCAACUAUUGAAAGGGGAUCAUGUGUCCGAAUGAAGAUAGUAGGAACAAGAUUUGAUGCAACUGACAUUUUUGCGAUUGGAACCAUUAAAGACGAUUUCCUUGGAGUAAUUGACAGAUAA